GAGAGAGAGCGAUACAAGGACAGACAGCUCUAAGGGGAGGGGAGGAAACACUUACACAGACUCUGUCACACCUUCCACACAGCCUCGCAGCCUCUGUGAGAGACUCAGCAGAUCUUGACGUUGUGAGGAAAGAUGCACAUGAGAGGAGCAGGACAAUAGCUCCUGGGAGAAAUACAUGCUCAGGACUAUACAGCAGCAUUUCAGAGAGAGCAACAGAGGCAACAUUUAGAGGUUUAUUCUGCUGCUGAGGACCUUAAAGAGGACAAGAGCUUUACGUUCUUUGGAGGGGUUUCUCCUCUUCUGCUGCCGCCGUGAGGUUACAGUCUCCGUGCUCCCGUGCACAGCAUCAGAAAGAACUGGUUUUAAUAGCCUGAGACAAUGAGCGAGGCGAAAAAAGGAGAGAUAGCAAUCCGGGAUAAAGCCAUCCUGCACCAGCAAAGGCGUCUGAAGCAGGCCACCCAGUUCACACACAAGGACUCUGCUGACCUCCUGCCCCUGGAUGGUCUGAAGAGACUGGGCACAUCUAAAGACUUGCAACCUCACAGCAUUGUGCAGCGUCGCCUGCUGGAGGGAAACAUCACGCGACUCAGAGGUGAGGGCCGGGACCUCAGCUCCAGGGUUCGCUCCCCACUGGCCGACACCAAGGACGGACCUGCUGACACCGAGGAGAGGAGCGAGAGCACGGCUGACGACUCCACAGAGGAGAGGGAGUCUUUGGAGGAAAGCGAAAGGAGUCUACGGUCGGAUGAGGAGGACGACAGCAGCGAGGCCGGAGCCAGACAGACAGCUGAGAAGCCUGAGGGCGGGGAGAGCUCGCCUGUCCUAACUGCUCUCAUCAUUCAGUGCAAGUGCUGCGAGACUGAAGUCAAGGCAUCCAUCAACACCGGCAGCCAACACAACCACAUCUCCACCUCCUGCUGUCAGAGGCUGGGACUGGUGCCCAGACAGGCCAGUUCACCAUGCGACGUGAACAGCUCGGUGACGGAGCUGCAGCUGCAGCUGGGAACACAGAGAGUCCAGUGUUCAGCUUACAUUAAAGAGGACGAGGCGUUCGAGCUGUGCCUGGGUCUGCAGACUCUUUUGGAACUUAAAUGCUGUUUGGAUCUGAGCAGUCGGGUCCUGAAGCUGCAGGGCUGCGGCGAGGAUCUGCCCUUCCUGAACCCCUUGACCGACAGCCAGUGCCAACACGACACCAACGAGAACCUGUGAGAUCGACUCCGGAGCAGGGACCACGUCCUCCUAAAGCCUAUUCGGUUGCAGCAAUGCGGCACGAUGCUGUUCAUGUCUGGGCUGUGGGGUCACCGUGUCUCUCACUGCCAGAACAUGGAUGAGCAUUCGCAUCAGUUGUGGUUGAGUUUACAUCUUUGUGUUGGUAGAAUUAAAACAUUCACCAUGAUUAUCUCACGUUAUAUAAAACUAGUCUAGUAAACAGAGGGAAAUCCAGUCUUGUAAGUUUAAUCAUUCUUUGUGAUUAGACUAUAUAUUCAAACCAAUUCGUCUGCUGACCUGCUCAAAUACACCAAUGCACUAAAAGGGAAAACCAUAAUAAUCCUUAAAGUGAUUUUUUGUGGAAUAUUUUGUGAUUUAACUGUAAAAAUACUUUGAGUCAUAGAGUGAAUGAAAAAAUGAAGUUAAUUGUGAAGUUAAACAACUUCACUUAAGAUGUUCUUAAAGGAAUAAUUUUAUAUUUCGAAACGUUUAGCAACAACAUUAGCCUAUCAGCACCAUUAAAACUCACUAUUUAACAUAUUACAGCUAAUUUCUGAAGACCAUACGAACACUAAAUGUACAAAAUAAAAGUUGUACGUAAUAAAAAACUAAAUAAAAACUAAUAUAAGCAUAUUAAAGUUUUUUAAAGCUUUUUAUAGAUGAAACCAGAUUGUUAAUUCAACCUAACUUUCUUCUAGCAAAUACUUUAGCAACUGAUCCAAAACAUUAGUCAUACUCUAGUAUUUAUCAACUAUGUGUGUUGACCAUUUAUUUGAAAAGCUAUUAAGACUGAUCCACUUAGACAGGCGUCCACCGCUUACACCAUCUGUGACGUUAGAAACAUCAAACCAUUCUUUCAUUUCCCAAUAAAUUUGGCAAAAAUAAUGAUUGUGUUUUUCAACCACUCCAAGUUUUAGCUCUUUAUGUAUAACUUUCUCCUAUUUUGAUUAUUUUGUCUGGCAGCUUUUAGCUACUCUGUUUUCACUCUUUAGCUAUGAUCUUUAGCCAUCAGUGUCAACUGUUCAUUCAUAGCUGUGGCCAGCAGACAUUUAUCUGUUGCUUCAACUUUAAUUCACGUGUCCGUGAUUUAAGUUAUCAUAUUUACUCCAUGCUAUUUCCAGCCUAACUUUCAGUUUAUAAAGUUAAUGUUUAUUUUAAAGUUGUUGUUUUUUUAAGUUCAAUUCUUUACCUAAAUAUUUGAUUUAAUAUCAGUAACUUUACCUGGUUAUGUAUAACUUAAAGCUAUUGGCUUUGAAUUGCUAUUUAUCUGUUUCAGGUAUUAUCAAUUUAUUUUAUCAGUUUUGCUAACAAAUAAUCACAGUUGUGCACAAAAACAGUAUUUCCAUUGUUUGUUAUCUUAACUGUCUGCAAAUGCAAAAAAAUAGUAUACCGAACAGUUUCUGAUGCAUAAACAGCAAUUAAACAGCAUAAUAUUUUUCCCCAAAUCCUCCUCCAGCAAAACUUUCACCUGCGAGGGGAAAACCCCUGCUCCCUCAAUGAUUUAAUAAUUUCCGUGUAUCUACCUAAAUUGAAUGGUUACUGAACCAUAGUCAUUCAAAAGACACAAAGCGUUUGACACGUUAAAGAGAUAAAGUCAUAGAAAACAGAGAAAUACAAACUGAUUAUUGCAUGUUAAUCUCGAAAUUUUCAAAUUUUAGGAAACAAAAGUAAAAAAUGAAAAUUUAGGAAUUUUGCAUAUUGUGUCACAUUUAUCCUCAACUGUAAUAAUUACAUAAACGCUUUAUUUCCACUCUUUAGCCAUUUUUUUCUUUUUACCAGUUAUUCCACAGCUGUAUCUACAGUUUUCCUCCAUCUAUCCCUAACUUGUACCCAUCUGUUUGCUCAUUAUUUUUAACAAACAGUUUCCAAUAGUUACGCAUGUAUUCAGCAAAGUGCACAUUUAUUUCCACUUAUUUUUAAUCUUUAUCUGCACUCCUUAAACUCUUGGAUGAUAUAGCUUGAUUCUUUCAGAUGGUCCUGUGUGUAAGAAGAGCGUCAAGCUAACAAACGUCCUCUCCUAUCUUACCUCGUACCCCUGGAAUCAGUGGAUUUAACAUAUUGCCUUAACAUGUUCAUUAGUGAGGCUUUAAUUGGUGCUGGAAGGCUUCUUUUUCUCACCUUUGGACCAAGCCAGGCUGGAUUUUUUAAAUCAACAUUUCCUGCCUUAUAUUUAUCAGACAGAGUGGUGUCAGAUUUCUCGCUGUCAUCAGUAUGCUGUAUGAAGCCGUAUUAAGCACAUUUCCCAAACUACAUUUAAGACACGACACGCCUCAUAUAAAACAAAGAGAGUCUUCAAGCUAUUUCCUGAGUUUUAAAAGAAAAUGCUGAGAAGCUUAGGAUUCUUGUGUAAUUAAGUGUGGAUCAGGCUACCUGCUUAAAAGACACGGACCGGUUCUCAUAGAGAAUUUCAAGAGAUCUAAGGAAACAUUUCUUAAGUAGAUAUAUUUAGCUUUGUAAAGUCCCUUCAUUCUUUUUUUCCCUCAUAAAGAGACUGAUUUGGUUAUGUUUUCCAAGAGCACACUUUCCAGCCCAUCACGAUGGCCUAGACUGAGUUAUGGUAGUUCCCUAUAAAUCCCCUCAUAUAAAAAUAGACUUAAGGCCAGCCGGUUAAAUAUAUCAAGAGUCAGAAAUAUCAAAACAUUCCAUCUGCAUGACUUUGUAAAGUUCUGCCUUUGUAUAAGUCUGCAUGUUUAUGUACUAGUCUGAUUGUGUCAUGUUGAAAGUCUGAAGGGGCUGGAUGUGUGUGUGUUAUAAGCCCAGCAGGGUUUUCUGCCAUCUUAUAACAGCAGCUCCUGUUUCACGUGGGAAAAAAGUGGAACAGGUCCCAUCACCCCCAAACUGGUACAGCGAGCUCCGGUCAGAACAAGCUGCCAAAAGCCGACCCCCGCUGCCUUCCCUUUCUGACUCUUUCAGGAGAUUUUAACCACUCGCCUAAGGCUGCACUUGUGCCAAGGCACCUCUUCAAGCUUAUCUUCAUUUAGGCAACUGAUCUUCUUUGUGUAUUUGCCACCAUUUUUUGGCUGAUGUUAUUCACUCUUGAUGCCUCAUGUUUGCUGAUUUGCCUCCCCACUACAGUGCCACCUGCCUCUCUUGUAUGUGUUUUCAUAGUGUGGAGAGUAAGGAAGCUGCCUCAGAUGUGCUCACCGAAAGCACCAUCAUGCUCUGCUUUAACAACACUCGAGCUGCGCCACGCUUUUUGACCGUGCUACAGCAACCAUCUAGCCUAUUCUUGGUGGUCAUGAACGUGCAGAUUGGAAAUAUUUGUUUCUCUUUGUUGUAUUAGUGACCUUCCUAUGACGUGUGAGAGGAAUCGAUGUAUGACAGAAAUUUAUUUUUGGUGUUUUACUUCUUCUGGACAGUAUUUUCUCUGCCUAAUAAAGUAUGUAUUCUGGC